AUGGGUAAAACAGUAAAAAAUUACGGUCCUUACGUGGAAUGUGAUGCGCAAUUUUUGUUUUCUCAAAUCGUCGCAGCCAUCGAGUACCUUCAUGGCCUGGACAUAGCGCACAGAGACAUUAAGCCAGAAAACGUAUUACUGAACCAUAGAAAUGAAGUGAAAGUAGCUGAUUUUGGGUUGUCAGUUUUUUGUAGAGAUUCGACCAGUAAUAAACGACAAUUGUCUCGCUGUGGCACCAGGAUGUUUAUGCCACCGGAAGUAUUGACUCCAAACAACGGAUAUAACGCCAAAUUCUUCGAUAUUUGGUCAAUGGGAGGUGUGCUGCAUUACAUGUUGACCGGCCAGGUGCCGUUCGACGACGGCCGCACUAAACGGAUCGUCGCGCAACAGGUGUCGGGCGACAUUGUUCUCCUGCGACCGAUGUACAAGCGAACGGUUUCCUCGUCGGCCAAACGGCUCGUAAGGCACAUGCUCGAACCAGACGUCCUCAAACGGGCACACAUCGAGGGCAUCAAACGAUCGAAAUGGAUGACGCUGAUGGCUUAG